AUGCCUGGGACCGAGGAUGAUGACGAUGGCCCUGCCGCAAGCAACACUAGUCCGGCGUUAACGGCGGCCGUGUACGCCGUGUUCCUGGCGUUUCUGUCACCGGCGUGGCUGAUGGUGCCAUGGGAAGCUUUCACAGCGUCGAGCCCGAGCGCCGAGCCGUUGGUCGCGCAUUUCGUGAGUCCCAGCCACUUCGCCGGCUAUUCUUCGAACUCCUUUUCCGCCAGUCCCCGGUUCGAGUCGUGGUCGCUGUCGAAUGAAGGACUGAACCCUUGGUCCAAGAUGGGCGGUCAUUCGCAACCAGAACGGACGUCACUCGCAACCCUCGUUCGCAAUCGUCUACUUACCGAACCACUCGCGGCCGGCUUCAAUACCCCGCUGCUCGCCGGCUCUGGCUCUGGCUCUAACGAUCAUUUCAGCCCUAACGCCAACUCCAAUUCCAACUCCGAUCUCGACUUUGACCUACUCUCACCCGAGACCGGCGGGUCCGACCGCGGGCACGCAUGGACGUUAUGGAGCAUGGCCGCAGGUUGCUGGAUAAGUGCGAUGAUGCUACGACGACGGACACCAGGUUAUGUUUUUUUGCGAGCGAGUUUGUUGCUCCAAUUCCUGGCCACAUUUGCACUGGCACUACACUAUCAAGCCGACGCUCCAGUCGGAUUGCCUCCAAUCGGACUGUCUCCAGUGGGGUCGGGAUCCCCCCAGAUCGUAGCGUCUGGGGCUUUUGUAUGGUUGGCAUUUGCGGCGCACGCAUUGUUCGUAGCUGCCAGCGAAAUGUGUUUCUUCGCUCUUGUUGGAUUACUCCCGCCUCCCUCGAACGCACUACCUUGCGCGUUCGCCGUGGCCCGACUCCUGGGUGCCGCGCUCAUCUGCGCCUUCGCCGAUCUGGGCGUCGAACCUCUCCUCGGACAUACCGCACUUCUCGCAGCCAAACUCACCACCGCUCUCAUGCUCUUCCGUCUGCGCAAACAAGACCAGGCGCGCGGUCGGGAGGGGGAGGGGGAGGGGGAAGCGAAGGAGGAACGGGAAGGGGAGGGGACCACGGCGGUAGGAACCAGGAAGGAGGCAGGAUCGACCACGCCGGCGGAGGGGACGACCACGCCCGCGGACGAAUGGAAAGACAUGUCCGUGUCCAGACAGCGCACGGCCGCCACCCUCACCAAGCACGAGGCUGAGCCGCACGAGGCCAUGCCGUCGCCGGCUGACGGAGAAAAACCAUCAUCGACGAAGCCGUCGUCGGCGAUCGCCUCUGACGGCCAGGUCGCCAUGGCUGGGCUUGUAGGCGCCCUCAUCACCCCCGCUAUGCCCUCUCUGCAGCCUCAGAACCCGCUCCUCUAUCUCCUCGCCGUCCUGGUCGCACCCGUCACGGCCUGGCUCUACGGCCGCUCACCGCCUUUCGUACGCAUCACCUGCUUUCUCAUCCCUGUCACGCUCGUCGCCUCCGCGCCCGGCUUGUUCGUGGUCCUGAGUCCCUUUUACAUGCUCGCUGGCACAGGCUGCUUAUUAUGUUGGCGACAAAAAGUUCGUGAUCGUGCGACUCACGACCAUGCGACUCACAACGGUGCGACGCACAACCGCGCGGUUCAUGUACCCCGUGCGACGCACAGCAGGGCAGUGGAUCGCCGGAGUGUGCGAUGGUACUGGGUGGGUAUGGGCGGCAUAGCACUGGUGUUUGGGAUGUUGCCGGUGGGGUUGGUUCGAGGUUUGUCAAACGGGUUCUCAAUCUUAUUUAUAGGCUUGGAGUUGAUUAUAUUUUUUUGCUGA